GCCACAGAUAGCUGUCCGAUUGCUGGCCCAUAAGAUCCAGUCUCCGCAGGAAUGGGAGGCAGUCCAGGCCCUGACGCUAUGGACAGAAGCGUGAACCUUGAGUCAGAGAAACUUUCUGUGGGCCUCGCUUUCCUCAUCCGUGAAAUCUGAGGGCAGAACCGUGCAGGAAGGCAUCUGGGUUUGUCUUGCUGUCCGCGCUCCUUCAGUCCCCGCUGAGCUUCCCCAGAAGAGUUGUGUGAUUUGAGGGACGCGGGAUGUCAGGGAUCCUGUUGCCCCGACGCUUCUCAGCUGUGCCCACAGCUCUUAUCAGUUCCUUCCUUAGGUGCUGGAGGCGUGUAUGAAGAAUUGUGGGCGGAGGUUUCAUAACGAAGUGGGAAAGUUCCGGUUUUUGAAUGAGUUAAUCAAAGUCGUCUCUCCAAAGUACCUUGGGGACAGGGUGUCUGAGAAAGUGAAGACCAAGAUUAUUGAGCUGCUUUAUAGCUGGACGUUGGCCCUGCCAGAAGAAUCAAAGAUCAAGGAUGCCUACCACAUGUUGAAGAGACAGGGCAUAGUGCAGUCUGACCCACUGAUCCCUAUGGACAGGACACUGAUCCCCUCUCCUCCACCUCGUCCCAAAAACCCUGUUUUUGACGAUGAGGAGAAGUCCAAGCUUUUAGCCAAGUUGUUGAAAAGCAAAAACCCUGAUGACCUGCAAGAGGCCAACAAGCUCAUCAAGUCCAUGGUGAAGGAAGACGAGGCGCGGAUCCAAAAGGUGACCAAGCGUCUGCACACUUUAGAAGAGGUUAAUAACAACGUGAAGCUGCUCAGUGAGAUGCUGCUUCAUUACAGCAAAGAGGAGUCUUCAGAGGCAGAUAAAGAGCUCAUGAAGGAGCUGUUUGAUCGGUGUGAGAACAAGAGGCGGACAUUAUUCAAACUAGCCAGCGAGACAGAGGACAAUGACAAUAGUUUAGGGGACAUCCUACAGGCCAGUGACAAUCUCUCCCGGGUCAUCAACUCAUAUAAAACAGUCGUUGAAGGGCAGGUCAUCAAUGGUGAGGUGGCCACCUCAACCAUGCCCGACUCUGAGGGAAACCAGCACUCCGAUAACCAAGGCACUCUCAUUGACCUGGCGGAGUUGGAUGCACCAAGCAGCUCGUCCCCAGUGUUGGCCCAAGCACCCGCGGCCCCCUCCUCCGGCAUCCCUAUCCUCCCUCCACCCCCUCAGACCUCAGGACCUGGGCGCAGCCGCUCGUCCAGCCAGGCCGAGGCCUCCCCAGGGCCCAACACUAGCAAUGCCCUCUGCUUGCUGGAUGAGGAGCUGCUCUGCCUGGGCCUCACUGACCCAGCCCCCAGUGCCCCUCCCAAAGAGUCAGCUGGAAACAGCCAGUGGCCCCUGUUCCAGAACGAACAGCCGGACCUGGACUUCUUCAGCCCCAAACUUGGGACUGCUGGCUGUAGCCCCUCAGAUGGGCCUGACCUCCCGUCCUCAGCAGCCCCCACAGGCAACUCCCAGGCUCCACUGCCACCCCCCUUCCCAGUUCCCGUGGUCCCAGCCAGCGCUUCUGUUUUGUUCCCCACUGGACUGGCCCCAGCCUCAGCUCCAAAGGCCGAGCCCACGGUCCCCGGGUACCAUCACUCAGCUUUGGGCGACAGCACCCUACACCAGCUGGAUGCCCUCGAUCAGCUUCUAGAAGCCAAAGCGACCUCAGCCCUGGUGAAACCUGUCUCCUCCAGCUUCUUCCCUGGGGCUGCCACCUCCCCUCUGAUCCCCACCACCUCAGCUAGGCCUCUCCUGCCCUUCUCCACUGGGCCUGGCAGCCCUCUCUUCCAGCCACCUGUUUUCCCGUCCCAGGGCAGCCCCAUGAAGGGGACUGAGCUUUCCCUGGCCAGUGUCCAUGUCCCCCUGGAAUCCAUCAAGCCUAGCAGUGCCCUUCCUGUGACAGCCUAUGAUAAAAACGGCUUCCGCAUCCUCUUCCACUUUGCCAAGGAAUGUCCGCCCGGACGGCCCGACGUGCUGGUGGUGGUGGUGUCAAUGCUGAACACGGCUCCCUUGCCUAUCAAGAGCAUCGUGCUGCAGGCUGCAGUGCCCAAGUCAAUGAAAGUGAAGUUACAGCCACCCUCUGGGACAGAACUCUCUCCAUUUAGCCCCAUCCAGCCACCUGCAGCCAUCACCCAGGUUAUGCUGCUGGCCAAUCCACUGAAGGAGAAGGCAAGGCUUCGGUAUAGGCUGACCUUCGCCCUGGGGGAGCAGCUGAGCACGGAGGUGGGUGAGGUGGACCAGUUCCCUCCUGUGGAGCAGUGGGGGAACCUAUGACCCCAGAGGAUGCCGUCAUCUCCACUUUGAAACCCAAGCAGGCUGCCCCAAGACGGGAGGGCUCUCCUGGUCCAGUCAUUCUCCAUGUCCUGACUGCAGUACUUAGAGCUUUGGUAUGGAACAGGAGCCCUGGGCAUUGCUGCCAGGAGCUGAGCUGCUGCUGUGAUGGUCUCUUAUCCUUUGGCCCCUUAAAAGGACCUGUUUCUUUCUACCUGUGUGACUUGAAGUGGCCAUGUACUGUUGGGUGGGAUGUGGCCCCAGACUCUGCACUGCUGCCCUGGGAACACGGACCCAAGGCUGAAGUAGGUUUUUCCCCUGAUGCCUCGAGGGAGUAGGUCUCUAAAGAGACUUGGGGUCCUUCCUUAAGGACCAUGUCCUCAUGUCCCCCAUUGCUACUCUGUGCUUCCCCUGCUGGCAGGCUCCUACUCCUACCUCCAGGGAGGUGGGCAAAGCCCAGUUGUCCCAGAUGGGCCUGGGCACAAGAGGACUUGGUGUGCUUGCCUUCCAUGGGCGUCAUUCUGAAACGACCACUGGAUGAUGAGUAUGUGCUUGUCCCUGGCGGUGGCAGGCUGUGUCCUAUGGACAUCUCACCAGGAUGUGGCUCUCAGCCUAUUAGAAACAGAGCUUGGCCUCAGGGCAGCCUACACUAAAGGACAGGAAAUAAACGGGAAAGAACCAGUGUUUCCCCUCUGGAAGCAGGUACUCAGAGCUUCCGGAGAAAGUGUGCCUCCCAGUGUGGGAACAGGCCACCCCACUCACUACCUCUUGCUUGGCAUGAAAUAAACUGCUGUAUUGCCCUUCGAGUCUCUGAAGGGGAGGACAGCUCCUGCCACCCUCUGUGUCCUGCUUUGGCCUCCCCACUCCAUGCCCGAGAUGGCCCAUGGUAUGGCAUACAGUCAGGAACAGGAGGCCUCAGGGUGAGGUAAACUGCACCAGACUUAAGUCCUUACCUGCUGCCCAGAAACUGUCCUCAGCUGCUGAGGGUACUGUCAGCAAGAUGUCGGGUCUAGAGGUGGUGAGAUUAGGGGCCACACUUGAAUUGAAUCACCAGAACUUACUGCUUCAACAGUGCUCAGCCCCAGCUAGCUUGUGCCAGACUCCAAAGCCUCACAGGGCAACAGGAAAGUGAGAACCACCAACUGGCGAAAGAGCACCGCGCUCAGCUGGAUGGGCUCAGCACCAUCUCCAGGAGAAGGUGGCACAGGCGACAUUCCCUGAUCCCUCCCUCUUCCUUGCCAGGGUUCCUUAUCAAGAGGUCAUCUUCCCCUUCUCUACCAUCUUUAGCAAGCAGGUUUCACUGCUUUAUUAGGUCGAAAGUGAAUUGAUUUCACUACUUAAGGAAUAAAUCUAAGAGCUUUCCAGAGACCGGCUGCUACAGCCCUGGGAAGAUCUCUAGGAUUACUACAUGGAAAUGUAUCUUUACGAUAAGCUUUAGACAUUAAAAUUAUUUAUGAGUGUUACUCGUUACUGUUGAGGUCACUGUUUUGUGACAAACAGCUCUACUGGAUAUACCAACUCUGCCGCCCUUGUUUUGCUGCAUGUUAAAUAAAAUCAUUUUGACCCCA